AAGCGAAAUUAGCCACAAAGACUAUGAUGGCUACAGCUCUGAAUCCAUAGGCUCCAAUUGGUCUCGCAGACAUACAUUCAAAUCUUUCUCAUUUAUUCAAUAAUGUAAUUUCAUUCUACGAUACAUUUCGUUCAAUUGCUACAAUCUGAAAUUUGGUUGGCCAUAUUAUUACACGAACACCGAAAGGAUUUUUGCAGACUAAAAUUGAUGGCGUGGCUGGUAGGCAGUGCACGUUUGCCUCUCUUUUACGUUUUACAAGGGCGAAGGAAAAUUUACAGAGGAAUAUCUCGUGGGAUGAGCUUGGCAAGUGCGGAAGAACAUGUGCCUGUGCUGAUUGUGGGAGCAGGCCCCGUUGGCCUUGUUCUUUCUCUUCUGCUCACUAAAUUAGGGGUCAAAUGUGCAGUCAUAGAGAAAAGUCAGCAGUUCAAACAACACCCUCAAGCUCAUUUCAUUAACAACAGAACUAUGGAGGUGUUUCGUAAACUGGAUGGUUUGUCGGAGGAGAUAGAAGAAUUACAACCCUCAGUGGAGCAGUGGAGAAGAUUCAUAUAUUGUACUUGUCUAUCUGGAACUAUGUUGGGUACAGUUGAUCACAUGCAACCCAGUGACUUAGGACAAACAAGGAGCCCAACAUCUGUUGCCCAUUUUUCACAGCAUCGACUUGUUCCUCUGCUACUUAAAAGAUUGGAAAAGCUUGGUUUUAGCAUUUACUCUGGGGACAAUCAAUUAAAUGAAGGAUAUAGAAAUUUUGGAUCACCAAUUGGAAAAGUUAAUUUAGGUCAUGAAUGUGUCUCCAUAAAUCCUACAUCCAAUGGGAUCAAGGCUGCAAUUUAUUGUGUUGAAAAUGGAUUAAAGGUUCUGAAGAACUUUCACUGCAGUUUUUUGAUUGGAGCAGAUGGAGCAGGAAGUACUGUGAGAAAAUUGAUGGGAAUAAAUUUGAAAGGUGAAGAGGACAUGCAGAAAUUGAUAAGUGUACAUUUCUUGAGUAAGGAGCUCGGACGUAUUCUCUCAAAAAACAGGCCUGGAAUGCUAUAUUUUGUUUUUAACCCCAAAAUAAUUGGUGUGGUUGUUGCUCAUGACCUAAAUGAAGGAGAAUUUGUAGUUCAGAUACCUUUUUAUCCUCCUCAACAAUGUUUUGAAGACUUCAGUACUGAGGUAUGCAGGGAACACAUUUUCAAUCUGGUUGGAAAUGAUAAUGUGGACUUAGAAAUAAAAUCCGUAAAGCAAUGGGCGAUGCAUGCUGAGGUUGCUGAAAAGUUUAUAUGUGGCAACUGUCGGGUCAUACUUGUUGGUGACGCUGCUCACCGUUUUCCUCCAGCAGGGGGGUUUGGAAUGAACACAGGCAUACAGGAUGCUCAUAAUUUAGCUUGGAAAUUAGCUUCUGUCUUGAAUGGGCUUGCCUCACCUGACUUACUCACCACUUAUGAAAUGGAGCGCAAACCGAUAGCAGAAUUCAACACAGCUCUCAGUGUGGCAAAUUUCAAGGCAGCAAUUUCUGUUCCUUCAGCAUUGGGUCUUAACCCAAAUAUUGCAAAUUCAGUGCAUCAGACAGUGAAUGGGAUUGGUUCCAUUCUUCCAAGUCGGUUGCAAACAGUACUUUUGGAGAGCAUUUUUGCACUAGGGCGUGCACAACUGUCAGCUCCUCUCCUUAGCAGGUAUAAUCCAAUAGGAUCUGCAAGGCUUGAAAGAGUGAAACAUAUCUUAGAAGAUGGCCAGAGCCUUCAGCUCCAAUUUCCUGCAGAGGAUCUUGGUUUCAGAUAUGAACAAGGCUGUCUGGUUCCUGAAGGGAACAUGUCAAAUGAUACAUCAGAGGAAAAACCUACUGGAAGGCGUAGAGAUUAUAUUCCGUCGUCUAAGCCUGGAUCACGCUUGCCACACACGCAAUUAAGGAUUAUAGGUCAAAACAGAUUCCAUCUAACCAAGGGUAUCUGCUCAACUUUGGACCUAGUUCCUGGACAUAUGCUUGAGUUUCUUCUCAUUAUUGCACCUGAUAAAAGAUCCUAUGUUUGGGCUCAUGCUGCACUUAAAAUGGCAAAGGCUUGCAAAUUUCCUUUAAAGGUCUGUAUUAUGUGGCCACAAGAAUCUUCUCACAAUGCUCUUUGUAACCAACCCAUACAUGAAUAUCAUGAAAAUAAAAUGCUGAUAACACCACAAAGGCAAUCGAUAGAUGAGGGAGGUUCUGUGGUUGCAGAGGAUUGGAGGAGAAUGAACAGAGAAUCUGUGAUUGAUGCUGAGGACAUCACAGGGUCAUGGUGGGAUUUAUGUAAAAUGCCAAAUCAAGGUGCAAUUUUGGUUAGGCCAGAUGAACAUAUCGCAUGGAGGUCAGAUUUCAGUUUCAAUGAAGAUGCAUUGGAUGAGCUAAACAGAGUGUUCUCGAUAUUGUUAAAGAAGCCCGCUUUGGAUGCUGGCCAAAUAUUACAGAUUAAAUCAAAUCCAUAACUAGCCCAGAUUCUGCUAUAAUAAUUUCAUGUAUAGUCACUGGGAUGCAUUUAUUUCUGGAUUGCUUUUGUAAGCACCUUUUUUGUGUCACUUUCUAUACUAUGUAUAGAGAUUAGCAUGUUUUAGUUAAGAAAUCCGUAAGCCCAUAUAGAGAACUUCACCUUCAUGAAAUGUUAUUACAAUGACGCCAUCUUCUGUUACUUUGGUAAUAUAAUUAAACUUAAAUUUUUUGGUAUUA